AUGACAGAGCAGGAGGAGAGACAGGUAACAUACAAAUGGCUAAGCUACACUCUGGGAGUUCACGUCAACCAGGCUAAACAGAUGCUGUAUGAUUACGUAGAGAGGAAACGAAAGGAGAACUCGGGAGCUCAGCUUCAUGUCACCUACUUAGUGGCAGGAAACCUCAUCCAGAACGGACACGUUUGCCACAAGGUUGCAGUAGUGAGAGAGGAUAAACUUGAAGCAAUGAAGUCUAAACUAGCCACGAUUGCGAGUGUGCAUGUCUACAGCAUCCAGAAAGCCUUGCUCAAGGACAGCGGGCCGCUCUACAACACAGACUAUGACAUUGUCAAAACAAACCUGCACAACUGCAGCAAGUACAGUGCCAUUCAGUGUGCCGCCGCGGUCCCCAGGACGUCGGCUGAAAAUUCUCAAGCGCAGAAGUCUGUGCAGGCUGAUUCCCAGACACCAAGCGACGCGAACGCUGUCGGCGUACCUGUGGUCAACGGCCAUGGUCAAUCGACUGCUAAACAGACCUCGCAGCAGCCCAAAGGGAUCAUGGGAUGUUUGCAGCCAAAGCGGCUUCCAAACCCCAGGACACAAGUAAAGACCAAAGCAGAGGCUAAGGAGGCCCCAGGUGUGUCUGCAGUAAGCAGCAAAUCAUCAGCAAAGGCCAACAUAAUGAACAACUUCUUUGGAAAAGCUGCCAUGAAUAAACUCAAAGUCAACUCUGUGCCUGAGCAGCCAAAGGAGGAAAAAGAAGUAGUCAAGCCUGCAGUUCCUGUAGCAGAACCGGAGUCAUCCCCUAAUACUGCAGUAGAGAAACCUGGGAAGAAAGCAGAGUCUGCUAGAAGUCAACAAAAGGACAAAAAAAGUAAAAUGAAGAGGGUGGACAAGUCGGAUAAUGAGGAAGAAAGAGAUCCCGAAAAUCUGAAGAAAAAGAGGAAGCGAAUCAAACAGCUUCAGUCUGACAGCAGUGACGAGGAAGAUCUCCCACUGUGUCCCACAUCUGAGGAAGAGAAAGCUCCAUCACCACCUCCUGUACCUGCUCUGAAAACUGACCUAGAGCCUGCAUCCACAGAGGUUUCAGCUGGAGGGAGGAAGAGGAAGCGGAAGCGUGUGCUGAAAUCCAAAAUGUUUAUUGACGAAGAAGAAGGCUGCAUGGUGACCGAGAAGGUUUACGAGAGUGAAUCCUGUACGGAUAGCGAGGAUGACUUCGCCAAGUCCAAGCCACCAGCUGCACACAAACAGCCUGCGCUGCCUACGAAGAAAGAACCGAAGGAAGAGAGGAAGAACCUGAAGAAAGGGGCAGCUACUGCCAACAGAGCCAACAAACAGGUCUCCAUCAUGGGGUUUUUUCAGAAGAAAUAA